AUUGCCUUAAAAAAAUCGCUCAUUUCCGGAGGUGGCCCUUUUUUUCUUUAGGUUUUCUGGUGCCCUAACUUUCUACCACUCAACUCUUCCAAACCCCCCUUUUUUUUAAACGAUACAAUGAGAGAAGUUAUUUCCCUUCACGUCGGUCAAGCUGGUGUACAGAUUGGUAACGCAUGCUGGGAACUGUAUUGUCAUGAACACGGUCUUCAGCCCGACGGAUUCUUCCCCAACGAAUCCACCAUCAAUGAUCGCUCGUUUGAAACGUUCUUCUCUGAAACCAGCGCUGGCAAGCAUGUUCCUCGUACCGUAUUUGUGGAUUUGGAGCCUAGCGUGAUUGACGAAGUGCGCACAGGCACUUACAGCCGUUUGUUCCACCCUGAACAAUUGAUCAGCGGUAAAGAAGAUGCGGCCAAUAAUUAUGCUCGUGGUCAUUACACGGUCGGAAAGGAAAUGGUCGACAAUGUGUUGGAUCGUGUACGACGAUUAGCCGAUAACUGCGGCGGGCUUCAAGGCUUCCUUAUCUUCCACUCGUUUGGUGGAGGUACCGGUUCGGGUUUCGGGUCGCUUUUGAUGGAACGUUUGUCGGUGGAUUAUGGCAAGAAAUCGAAACUCGAAUUCUCGGUUUACCCUGCUCCUCAGGUGUCGACGUCCGUGGUGGAACCUUACAACUCCAUCUUGACCACCCACACUACCUUGGAACACUCGGACGUCUCGUUCAUGGUCGACAACGAAGCCAUCUAUGAUAUUUGCCGUCGCAACCUCGACAUUGAACGUCCCACUUACUCCAACUUGAAUCGUUUGAUCGCUCAAGUGGUGUCGUCCAUCACGGCCUCGCUCCGUUUCGCCGGUUCGCUCAAUGUCGAUCUCAGUGAAUUCCAGACCAACUUGGUGCCUUUCCCUCGUAUUCACUUCCCCUUGGUCAGCUAUGCUCCCAUCAUUUCCAACGCCAAGGCUUUCCACGAACAAAUGUCGGUGCCUGAAAUCACCAGUUCGUGCUUCGAACCCAACAACCAGAUGGUCAAGUGUGAUCCUCGUCACGGUAAAUACAUGGCUUGCUGUCUGUUGUAUCGCGGUGAUGUGGUCCCCAAAGAUACCAACAAUGCCAUCGCUUCCAUCCGCACCAAGCGUACCAUCCAAUUCGUUGAUUGGUGUCCUACCGGUUUCAAGGUCGGCAUUAACAACCAGCCUCCUACCGUGGUGCCCGACGGUGAUUUGGCCAGAGUCCAACGUGCUCUGUGUAUGUUGAGCAACACCACCGCCAUUGCCGAAGCGUGGGCUCGUUUAGAUCACAAGUUCGAUUUGAUGUAUGCCAAGCGUGCCUUUGUCCACUGGUACGUUGGUGAAGGUAUGGAAGAAGGUGAAUUCUCUGAAGCCCGUGAAGACUUGGCUGCCCUUGAAAAGGAUUACGAAGAAGUUGGCAGCGAUUCUCUCAACGACUCGGAAAUGGAAGAAGACGUCGAAUAUUAAAAAAAGUUUUUUAAUUUUUUUCCUUAAUCUUUGCUCGUACCCAAUAAAACACCACCACAAUUUUUAAU